AUGGCGUUUUCAUAUUUUGCCGAGGCAGAGGGCCCGGUGGCUGGCGGGAGGUGGAGCCGCAGGCUCCCGGGCCAAGACGGCGAGGACGACAAGAGGAAAGUGAAGAAGAGAACGAGCAGAGGGUCACCUUCCGAGAAAUCCCCCGUGGUGCCUGCAGGGGUGGGAGAGGGAAACUUCGCAGCCCUGCGUGGCGCUGCCCCUGCGCGCCGCGCGUCGGUGCUUUCUCCCUCUUCUGGUGGGUCGUCGCCGCGAGCGGCGGCGGAGGCCGCGCCUGCGCCCGAGGCCGGCUUUGGGUCGCGAGGUGAGGGGAGGGGGGCGGGCGAGAAAGGCAGGAAGGCGCAUGCGAAGGACGCGGCGCGGCUGGGGAGCAAGAAAGCCGCGACGGGCUCAGCAGGCGCCUCUUCGGCGGGACUUGCCGAGGUCGCGGCAUCUCUCUCUCCCGAGCUUGAGACGAAAGAAAGUGGAGUGAGCCGGGCGCGCUCCACCGAUGAGGCCUUGAAGGCGAAGAAGCGAGGAGACAGAGGCCGCGACACGCGCGAGAAGGAAGGCAGUGACGGCAGCGCAGACGGCAGAAGAGAAGGCAAGAAGGCGGAGUGCGGAUCUGCGGCGGCGGGGACGAAGACCGCCAAGGCGAAGAGGAGAAAAGGAGAGAAGAAGGGAGAGAAAGGGAAGGAAAAUGUGCCAAAGAAUGAAGGGCUCUCGCAGCCGCCUUCCCCCGCACCGCCUUCGCUCUCGGUGCCAAACACUUCCUGCAGCCCAGUCCAACCCGCGAGUCUCCUCCCUGCCGAGGGCACCUGCAGAACAACGUCGCGACUGAUUGCACUGCUUCGGCAGAAGUCUCUCUCGUUUUCCUCUCUUCAUUCGCCUUCUUCUCUCUCUUCGUCUCCCGCUUCAUCCCCGUUGCCGACUGCGCUCGCCUUGUCGCGUUCUUCGCCGUCGCUCUCAGGGGAGGAGGCUGCGCUGCAAGAGCGACACCGCGAGAAGGGCAAUCGCUUGUUGGCACUUUUGAAGCGUCAGGGCGAGAAGAACGGGAAGGGACAGGCGACUUUCCUUUCUUCUUCGUCUGUUCCUGCGCUCCAUGCGUCGGCGUCGUUUCCUUCGGUUCACCGCGCCUCCCUGCCUCUUCUCUCGUCUUCCUUCCAUCCCGCGCCUCUGGCGCACCGCGACAGCAGAAGCGCGGAGGGCUUCUGCGGAGAACGCAGCUGGAGGGAGUCGACGCCGCCGACGCGAGCGCAGGCGCGCGCAGCGAGCGGCGUGCUGGCACCUGCGUUUCCGCUUCCGGAGGCAUUCCUCUCGCCAGGGGCGCUGCCACCCUUUAGACCCCCCACGCCGGGCGGGGAGACUGCCUGCGUUUCGGCGCCCGCGCGGCCGUGUGAGGCGCCGGCGCGGGGGAAUCCGGAGGGGAGAGGCACCGCCCGUAAGGGCGACGGCGCAGGAUUUCAGCGCCCGAAGGAGAAGACGCGCGUUCUUCUGGCUGCCAAAGAGCCGCGCACGAAGCCGGGCGUCGGCGCCUUUCCGCCGUUCCCUCCUGCGCCGACGUUUGGGCUCUCAGCGCCAGGCACUUUCGCGCUGCCUGUCUUCAUGCGGCCGCCGGACCCCUCGCAGGUUCCAGUCCCCUGCGCCUUCUUAGGGGCCGGCUGCGGGCAGAGCGCGAAGGGCGACGCCGACGCCGCUGAGCGACUGCGGCAGCCGAGCCCCGAGAAGCCGCGUCGAGUUGUCUGCGCGCUCGCGUAG